AUGGAGCUUUUCUUUCCAGGAAUCCUUGCCACAGAUCCAGCUCAUCCCAGGAAUUCUGCUCUCCAUCAUCUCACCAAGCAGUUAUUACAGAAAUAUCACAAGGAAGUAAGGCCAGUUCAUAACUGGGCUAAGGCCACCACUGUGUACCUGGAUCUAUUUGUCCAUGCUGUGUUGGAUGUGGAUGUACAGAAUCAAAAAUUAAAGACAAGCAUAUGGUACCAUGAGGUUUGGAAUGAUGAGUUUCUCUCCUGGAACGCCAGCGUGUUUGAUGAGCUUAGAGAACUCUCCCUACCUCUAAGUGCCAUCUGGGCCCCUGAUAUCAUCAUUAAUGAGUUUAUGGACAUCGAAAGAUCACCCGACCUUCCGUAUGUUUAUGUGAACUCUUCUGGGACCAUCAAGAACUCCAAGCCCAUUCAGGUGGUGUCUGCCUGCAGUUUAGAAACAUACGCUUUUCCAUUUGAUAUCCAGAAUUGCAGCCUAACGUUCAGCAGCAUUCUGCAUACAGUGGAAGAUGUCAAUUUGACCUUCCUGCGGAGCAGAGAAGACAUUCAGCAUGACAAAAAGGCAUAUUUGAAUGACAGUGAGUGGGAGCUUCUUUCUGUGCCCUCAACAUACAGCAUCCUGCAGAGAAGUGCUGGAGAUUUUGCACAGAUUCAAUUUAAUGUGGUGAUCCGCAGGCGCCCCCUGGUCUAUGUGGUGAGCCUGCUGAUCCCCAGCAUCUUCCUGAUGCUUGUGGACCUGGGGAGCUUCUACCUCCCGCCCAACUGCCAUGCCAGGAUUGUGUUCAAAACCAGCGUGCUGGUGGGCUACACGGUCUUCAGGGUCAACAUGUCCAGCGAGGUGCCGAGGAGCACGGCGGGCAUCCCUCUCAUCGGGAUCUUCUUCACGCUCUGCAUGGCCUUCCUGGUCCUCAGCUUAUCCACGUCCAUCUUGUCGGUCAGAGUCCUCCACAACGAGCAGCGCACUGGGCAGGAAUGGGCCCUCGUGUGCCUUCGAGGGAACACCCAUGCUGACGGUGAUGGGGCCAGAAUGGAGCCCCAGGCCCAGCUGGCUGGGGUGACAGAGCUCCCCACCUGCCGAGAGCAUCAUGCACAGUCAGGGGCCCUGCAGGAAGUCUGGUCCCAGCUUCGGGCCAUUGGCAGCCACCUCCAGGCUCAGGACCGAGCUGACCAACAGGCUGUCGAGUGGCUUGCCCUCCUGUACCGCUUCGAUCAACUGCUCUUCCGAAGCUACCUUGUUGUGCUGGGCCUCUAUGCCAUCACCCUGUGCUCCCUCUGGGGGUUGUGGAGCAGUUUGUGA